UUGCUCCGCCUCCCGUCUCAGAGGAUGGUAUAUAAAAGACGGAAGGUUCAGCAAGGUUCGUCACAUCCGCUGCUUCGUCGCAAGAGAUAACGUUCCAGCUCAACAUACAUCGUCUCAAUUCCCGAGAACAAUGGCAGCUAAUUUUAAAAUUACAUUUCUUAUCGUUGCUUUGAUGUUCGUUGCUAUAGCAAUGACGAAAAAAGUCAAAUUAUAUUAUGGCCAUGGUGGUUAUGGAGGAUAUGGAGGAUAUGGCGGUUAUAGCGGAUAUGGUGGUUAUGGAGGACAUAGUGGAUAUGGAGGACAUAGUGGAUAUGGAGGAUAUAGCGGAUAUGGAGGAUAUGGACAUGGAUACGACAAUGGAUACGGUCACGGAAAUGGAGGAUACGGUGGAUACGGCUACUGAACUGCCACACAGUCAAACGACGUAUAAUAACAUUAUUGUAAACCCAUGUAUUUAGUUCACCUAUUUUCACAAAUAAAGACAAUGUUAAACAAA